GGCGGCGGCGGCGGCAGUCAGAGCAAGAGCAGCGAUAGCUCCGGGUUUCCAGAACAGGAUCUGGGGCCUCGGCAGCAGCUCAGUGGGGCACCUGUUCGGAGCAGGAGUAGCAGGACGAGGGGGCGGUUUCGUGCCAGUCCCUCUCUGAGCCGGAAGGAAGGGGCACUUCCCAGCUGGGAUUCCACUGCUCCGCAGAAUCUCAGCACCAAGCUGGGAGCUGGGAAUACUGGUGGGGGUAGACAUGUGCAGGACCAGCUAGAGAGCUGGGGCAGGUAAACAUUUGGUCCAGGUGUAGAGAGGCAAGAAAGCCGUGUCUGGGACCAUGACAUCCUCCCACCUGGACUUUGGGGAGGUGGAAACUUUCCUGGACAGGCACCCAGAGUUGUUUGAAGAUUACUUGAUGCGGAAGGGGAAACAAGAGAUGGUGGAGAAGUGGCUGCAGAGGCACAGUCAGAGUCAGGGGGCUUUAGGCCCAAGGCCGCCACUGGCAGGCACCAGCAGCUUGGGUCACAGUGCUGGCAAAGGCAGCAGUAGCAUUUGUGGUGGCACUGGACCAAAUGGCUCUGCCAAUAGCCAGCCCACUCUGGGUGGUGGGGACGGUGGUGGGAGCCCCCUGAGUCCUAGCUGGGCCAGUGGCAACCGGGGCGAUGGGAGCCUGCAGCGGAGAGCUUCUCAGAAAGAGCUAAGGAAGACUUUUGCCCGCUCCAAGGGCAUCCAUGUGAACAGGACCUACGAUGAACAGGUGACCUCCCGGGCCCAGGAGCCGCUGAGCAGUGUGCGGCGGAGGGCACUUCUCCGGAAGGCCAGCUCCUUGCCCCCCACUACAGCCCACAUUCUCAGUGCCCUGCUGGAAUCAAGAGUGAAUCUGCCUCAGUACCCCCCUACGGCCAUGGACUACAAGUGCCACCUCAAAAAGCAUAAUGAGCGUCAGUUCUUCCUGGAACUGGUCAAGGAUAUCUCCAAUGACCUUGAUCUUACCAGCCUGAGCUGCAAGAUCCUCAUCUUUGUCUGCCUCAUGGUGGAUGCUGACCGCUGCUCUCUCUUCCUGGUGGAAGGGGCAGCUGCUGGCAAGAAGAGCUUGGUCUCCAAAUUCUUUGAUGUGCAUGCAGGAACCCCACUGCUGCCCUGCAGCAGCACAGAGAACUCAAACGAGGUGCAGGUCCCCUGGGGCAAAGGCAUCAUUGGCUAUGUCGGGGAGCAUGGAGAAACGGUCAACAUUCCUGAUGCCUACCAGGAUAGAAGAUUCAAUGAUGAAAUUGACAAGCUAACUGGAUACAAGACAAAAUCACUAUUGUGCAUGCCUAUCCGAAGCAGUGAUGGUGAGAUUAUCGGUGUGGCUCAAGCGAUAAAUAAGAUUCCUGAAGGUGCUCCAUUUACUGAAGAUGAUGAAAAAGUUAUGCAGAUGUAUCUUCCAUUUUGUGGAAUCGCUAUAUCUAAUGCUCAGCUAUUUGCUGCCUCAAGGAAAGAAUAUGAAAGAAGCAGGGCUUUGCUAGAGGUGGUUAACGACCUCUUUGAAGAACAGACUGACCUGGAGAAAAUUGUCAAGAAAAUAAUGCAUCGGGCCCAAACUCUGCUGAAAUGUGAACGCUGCUCUGUUUUACUCCUAGAGGACAUUGAAUCACCAGUGGUGAAGUUUACCAAAUCCUUUGAAUUGAUGUCCCCAAAGUGCAGUGGCGAUGCCGAGAACAGUUUCAAAGAAAGCGUGGAGAAAUCAUCAUACUCCGACUGGCUAAUAAAUAACAGCAUUGCCGAGCUGGUGGCUUCUACUGGCCUUCCAGUGAACAUCAGUGAUGCCUACCAGGAUCCUCGCUUUGAUGCCGAGGCUGACCAGAUAUCUGGUUUUCACAUAAGAUCUGUUCUCUGCGUCCCUAUUUGGAAUAGCAACCACCAAAUAAUUGGAGUGGCUCAAGUGUUAAAUAGACUUGACGGGAAACCUUUUGAUGAUGCAGAUCAACGACUUUUUGAGGCUUUUGUCAUCUUUUGUGGCCUUGGCAUCAACAACACAAUUAUGUAUGAUCAAGUGAAGAAGUCCUGGGCCAAGCAGUCUGUGGCUCUUGAUGUAUUAUCAUACCAUGCGACAUGUUCAAAAGCUGAAGUUGACAAGUUUAAGGCAGCCAACAUCCCUCUGGUGUCAGAACUUGCCAUUGAUGACAUACAUUUUGAUGACUUUUCUCUCGAUGUUGACGCCAUGAUCACAGCUGCUCUUCGGAUGUUCAUGGAGCUGGGGAUGGUACAGAAAUUUAAAAUUGAUUAUGAGACACUGUGUAGGUGGCUUUUGACAGUGAGGAAAAAUUAUCGAAUGGUCCUGUACCACAACUGGAGACACGCCUUCAACGUGUGCCAACUGAUGUUUGCGCUGUUAACUACUGCUGGGUUUCAAGAGAUUCUGACCGAGGUGGAAAUUUUAGCCGUGAUUGUGGGAUGCCUGUGUCAUGACCUCGACCACAGGGGAACCAACAAUGCCUUCCAAGCUAAGAGCGGCUCUGCCCUGGCCCAACUCUACGGAACAUCUGCUACCUUAGAGCAUCACCAUUUUAACCACGCUGUGAUGAUCCUUCAGAGUGAGGGUCACAACAUCUUUGCUAAUUUGUCCUCCAAGGAAUAUAGUGACCUUAUGCAGCUUUUGAAGCAGUCAAUAUUGGCUACAGACCUCACGCUGUACUUUGAGAGGAGAACUGAAUUCUUUGAACUUGUCAGUAAAGGAGAAUAUGAUUGGAACAUCAAAAACCAUCGUGAUAUAUUUCGAUCAAUGUUAAUGACAGCCUGUGACCUUGGAGCCGUGACCAAACCGUGGGAGAUCUCGAGACAGGUGGCUGAACUUGUAACCAGUGAGUUCUUUGAACAAGGAGAUCGAGAGAGAUCAGAACUCAAACUCACUCCUUCAGCUAUUUUUGAUCGGAACCGGAAAGACGAACUCCCUCGGUUGCAAUUGGAGUGGAUUGAUAGCAUCUGCAUGCCUUUGUAUCAGGCGUUGGUGAAGGUCAAUGUGAAACUGAAGCCGAUGCUGGAUUCAGUGGCUGUGAACAGAAGGAAGUGGGAGGAGCUGCAUCAGAAAAGGCUGCUAGCCUCCGCUGCCUCGGCCUCCUCUGCCAGCCUCACGGUGGCCGGGGAAGACAGAAAGUAAGCCUCCAGUCAGCUGCUGCUGCAAGAUGACUGCGGCCUGAGGGCCAUCCUGGGUCCAGCCACAUCAUCCUUUUGUUCCCUAAAGCUCAGACAGACCUGAAGUCUCGGGGAUGUGCUGGGAAGCCUUCCUGGGCUUUCUCCUUGAAGUGUAGUCAGCAGGAAGGACAGAGGAGGAGGUAGGGCAGGGAGCAGGACCCUCGACUUUCCCUGAUGAACACACAUGGGCUGAGACGAAGGCUCUGGGCAGAGGACCGUUGUUGAUCCAGGACCUGAGGACUGUCGGCCCUGCUCACACUUUGCCAAGGGAACACGGAACAGUGAAAACGUGAUUAGUCCUGCUUCAUUUUGUAAAUGGCUCUUCUAUUUGUUACAAGCCAAACAAUGCCUGCCUUUGCAUCCUCUCCCGAGCGCCCUCAUGUGCCAGACUGUCCCCAAAAUCCUGAUUUGUAUUCAGAAGAGGUAUUUUAUUUUGAAUCCUAAAGCUUCUUAAUGAUGGAUCAGAGCCUUUAGAAUUGCCUACCUAAAAGAUAAACUAUAUUAUCGUUACAAUUACCAAGCAUUCCCAGUUUCCCCCUAAAAAGGUCCACAGUAGCAAUACAGCAAACGCGUUUGUCUGACUGUGUUUAUACGAGAUUUGUAACACUGCAUUGGGAUCGUGGUCCCCUUUUUCAUUUUUUUAAUUCAACCUUCAUUGUAGACUAAGCCUUCUCCCAGAAGGAAUGGAUUAAUAGACUUUAAUUAAGGUAAGGAUGAAAGGAAAUCUAUAGCUGGAUUUACCACAAGUGACACAUGAACAUUUAGGAAGUAUUUCCAGCAGGGAGGCAUUUCACAGGACACAGCAGAGCCACGGAGAACGAUCACUGACUACCUUGAGUUCUCCUAGUGAUGAGUUUUGGUAUAAAAUUAAGGAUACUACCAGUCCUAACCUGAAGCCAAACGCAGGGGUCCCCAGUUUUGGAUUUUUUUCUUAAGUGUAAGAAAUAAUGCUUGAAAGGUUAAAAAAUAAGAGUUUAGGCAGAGAAAAAUAUUCUAUAGGAAUCGAGGUUUAUAAUAGGUAAGAAAAAACAAUUAAAUAGAUGCAAUGGCAAAAAAGCUACUUUGCUUCCCAUUUUAGAGCAGAUUGAGGACACUUAGAGACUGAGGACAUGGUAUGCCUUAUCCAAAGAACGCUGGCUGGAAGCCAGGCUUAGACCUCCAGCUUCAGCACUAUUGACUGGAUGUCUUUGGACAAGUCACUUAACUUCUCCCAGCCUCUUUCCACAUCUGUCAGAUGAGAUUACACUAGGAAAUGAUUUUCAAAGAUGUUUUAACCUUAGAAUUGUUUGUUCAAAUAAAUCUUAUAAGGGAUCCCCAAGAUAUGAAACAUCUAAAAGCUGAAGUCCUCUGUUUGAAGCUGGGCUGGGAGAUCCAGAGCCCCUGCGAAUCCUCAUCUCUUUGAUUAUGCACAUGGUGGUCCCUGAAGGGGCUCUGAGAAGUUUGAAAAUCCCUGGACUACAUGAACCUUGAAGUCCAUUCCAGCUCUGAGAAAUCUAAAAUUUACAAACCACCUUUGUUCUUGUUGUUACUGGUCAGCAUCAGUUAUUAACUUUACUACUGAAAUAUUAAAGAAAUAGGGGCCAGGUUCCACAGAGGACACUGUUUUCCUGGCACACAGUAGACAUUCAGGAAAUGUUUAAAGAAUGGGUAAAUUAAGGUGCCCAAACAGAAGUGAAGGAAGAGCAGGUGCUCCUGAGAGAGAAGUAAGAGUCUAUGUGGCAAGAAAUAAAGUAAAAGAAAUUAUAAACCAGGCAAAGGGGGGUGGGAAGGAAGAGGAGAAGAAGGAGGGGGGAAGGGGGAGCAGGUAAAGCAAAAGAUGCCCACCAAUAAAGAGAGCUGGGCACAGAGGAGGUGGUGAGAGAACUGCCGAACGAAAGGGGAAAGUCAACCCACACAAAGAAAAACAGCGCUUCCCACGAAAAAAAUGAAGGUCCAGAAUCCUGCCAUCAAUUACUUAGAAAAGAGAGAUACUUGAGCAGGGCAGGCUUUGUCAAAAGAGAAGGAAGGAGUGGGAGCCCUAAAAAAUCGUGUUCCCAGCUAGUCUUUACAGCCGUCUCUGAGGGAAGACUGCAGAAACGAGAGGCGAGAAUGAGUGCAGGAAGAAUGGCCUCGCAGAGCAGGUAAGAGGAGGUUGUUCAGAUUUAUGGAUUUUAUUAAGCUAGUUUUCUGAAUCACUCUGCUAUAAAGGAAAACAGCUUCUGCUGGGCUGUCUCCCCUCCUUCAGGUGAGGAACAAAGGGUGGGCGGAGUUAGGGACAGACCCUGGUCAUGUGACUGCCACUCAGAAGCACUGCAGGUGUUUCUAUCUAUUGUGCCACAUCAUGUUUAUAUCACAAAUGGGAAUUGAAAAUCAGUCCGUGUGAGGCCGAGAUGAACCCACAUCUGUUAUCCUCCCCAACAAUAAAUAAAUAGCCCAGACAGACAGAUGCCAGUCUAUCUAGAGCAAAAUUUUAAAGCAUGUGCUUUAUGAUAAAACUGGACCCAGGGUCCGACGGAGACUGCAGGCUGCUACAAGCACUGUAGCUACCGUGGACAUUGAUGCUGCAUAUUGCUAAGGGGAGCAUAAUUUAUAGCACAAACCCUAUGGCUUCCACUAAGGUUGAGUUUUCCUCUCAUUUUCUUGUCUUUUUAUUGGCUUCACUGCACGGUUGCCAAUAGCAACAUCCACUGGUAGCAAGGGGAGUUCAACACCAUUGCAAUCUGCCAUACAGUGGAGCCCUGACAAUGUCAACCAUCAAUCAAGUAGCUGUUUGUAAUUGCCUCCAUCUAUUUUUCCUGUCUCGAGGUAUCUUUGCCAUUGUGGGUCAAAAUUCAGAAACUGCUGACUAAUGCCAUGCGUCUAUUCCUCCAGGACCAUGAAGCAGUGGAAAAGGAGGGUAGCAGCCUCCCUGGUGCCAACAACCCAGCGGUUUGAGGUUGAACUCUUGGGAGUUUGAGAUAUUUUUAAUCCCUUUUCUAAAUACUGUAUAAUUUUCCAAGAAUGUGAGGCAUGUGUCAUUAUCCAUAUGUUCUGCUUUUCCAAAAUAGAGAAGGAGAAAUUUUCCCAAUCCUUAUUAUUAAUGUUUAUUUCCUAUUAGAGGAAGGCAUUUGAAAUGUGAGCUUUCUCAUAAAACCUCCAACUAACCAGAUUGUUUGCUUCCUCGGGUCUCUUGGCAUUAAUGGUUGAAAUGACUUCAUCCUACUUUCUCCACAAGAUGUAUUUUUUCGGACAUACUAUUUAUUCUCUUGCUAGUCAGUAUAUAGAUAAUACAUGCACAACCCAGGCAGUAGGGACAGCUUGGCAAACUGUCAAGGGCGCCACCCAGUGCGCAGUAGCCCAGGGCUCCAUCCUGGCCUGGCCACCGGCUGGACCUGUUAUCUUGGGACUCUCCAGGUCUCGGGUUUUCCACCUAUAAAAUAAAAGCGCUGACUUAUUCAGUUCAUUUCCACACCAAAGAACCAAGCUGUAUUUAACUUUUUAAAAUUUUUCCAGAUGACUGUCUUGUUUACUCUUCUCAAAUAAAAUAGGAACAAACCUAAGAAGAUCAUCUUCUCAUUAAAGACAAAAUAAAAAGUUACAUAUAUGGGCUAGAUAUAAAAACAACCUUACCACAGAUGUGUCUGAGUCUGCCUCUAGUGAUCAUGAAAGAUAUGGUCAUCAGUAUAAUUUUUUUUAAAUAUACCCUUUUAUUUCAUAAGGGACAAUUUUAGAUUAACUCAUAUCAUAGAUAGCCCAUAAAUGAUAGUCAAUUUAAUUUAGAAGUAAAUUUAUAAAGUGAGUCAAAAGAAGUUAGAAUUGCAUGUGCAUUUUCUGUUUCUAAAAUCUGAGAUGUCUAUGCAUUUCCAGGUGUUUUAUAUUUGCAUACACGUUGGGUUAGAACUAAUCUUUACAAUUUUGUUAGUGUAAUAAUAUUAUCUAAUAUUAAUGCUACAGGAAUCCACUUGCUUUUUUCAUGUAGCAAAAUUUAUCAUACUUUAUCCACUUACCUUGGGUUACUAAACAGAGUCUGCUCAAUAUUCUUUGCAGUACAAUUAUUUAAAAAUCCAUUUCUCCUUCUGACUCUUAACGAAUUGCAGAAAGAUAAAAUACAGUAUCAUCCCCAGUAAUAGUGUGAAACAAUUCCCUUUAAGCAGGACAGAAAUCUAAACAUAUUAGGGGAACAUUUAAAUCUAAAGAAAAAUGUUUGGGCUGGAAAAAAGAAAAACUCAAAAAAGGAUUCAUUAAAGCAACAGAACAAAACCUACUUUGGGACCCUGGAAACUCUGGCAGUCCCAUUGUAGUGAAGUUUCAUUAUCUGCUUCAGAAUAACAGUCGCUAAAACUUUUGUUCUGCCAUGUACUGUAAAGAACUCUCAAAACUCAAAUGUAUCAGGAAAUUUAAAGAUUGAGGCUGGCUACAAGAAGGCCAAAAUCUCAUAAGUUUCCUAAGUGAGCAAUAAGAGAAUAAAACACAGAGAUGGCAGAGAAAAAAUUGAAGUGUGUCUGGAGAAUGCCAUGAUGAGCACAUGGGUUUAGCAAUGCCUGUUGUCCUGCUUACAUUGUGUGUGUUACUACCUUUCCCUCAGCUAGUCAUUUUGGGUGGUACAUCUUUUCUAAUUGAAUUUUGAAUGUUCUUGCAUACUUGGUACAUCUCUCAACAGUGCUAACGCCAAGUUAUCCGUGUAGCACAUCUAUGCCAAUUUUGUUGAAUGUAUACACUGGUACAGAAAUAUGUUUGUUUUAUUAAGUAAAUGAAGUAUUUGCUGUAAAAAAAAAAGUCUUAUUUGAGGCCAUCAUUUAUCUGUGUUCAUUUUAUGUGUGUAGGUGUGUGUAUUAGAAUCGCAAUUAGUUUUUUUCUUUAGACUUAGAUUAAAUCAUAUUUAGAUGAAUUUUUUAAAAAAAAGAAACAGCAUAGUAUGGAAAUAGGAGGCUAGGUUUUGUUAAGUCUUUCCCUUUGGGAAAGAUUGCUUUUGCCAUUUUGAUGCAUAAUAAUCUACAAAGGAUCCCCUGCUGAUUUGCUUCCUCAUUGGUAUUGUUUUACACAAAAGAAGGGACAUAUGUCUUUAAUGGAGUUGUUUGAAGUCACUCCCUUUGUGUAGAUUUCCCAGGCUGAUGUUUCAUUAUAAGAAUACUACAUUAUAGACUGCUUGGCCAUUUCACAAGCAACUAAUCCAUGAUUUUGAAACAGUCUGCUUUAAGAGACCCAAAUAUGUUUCUUUUUAAUAAAAUGCUUAAAGUUUAA